CACGAACUGAAGUUUGAAUUAUGUCAUUGGAAACACUAUCGUUGGGUUGGAGUACGAAACGAUGUUGGAUUUACAGACUGAGGGGCAGUGAAGGCGAUCAUGUUCACUAAAGGGACGAGUAGAGAUUUGCUUCCACUCCAAUGGCUAUAAGAAUCUCAAUAUCCCACUUCAAUUCUCUAGAUAUUGUUUAUAUUAUCACCAACAUUCGAAAUCAACCCUUUACACUCUCAUAGAGUAUCGAACAGUUUCUAGCUCUCGGCGUCUUCAACUUGAAAUUUUACGAAAAUGAGAUUCCAGACCCCUCUCGUGCUCAUCGCGAGCCUUAUCACCUUUGUAUCUGGUGAGGCCGCAGGUGUUCGCUCUCACGCCCGAGACCUCAGCAUAGAAAGAGAUACUCCUGACCUUUCUAUCGAGGAAGAAUCUCACUUGCUCAAGCGUAACCCAGUCCUCCCGAAGGGCAAGGAUGAUACCAAACUCCACGCCUGGAUUCGAACCGACAAAGAAACUGUGGAAUAUGAUAACCGUCAUGGAAUAAGCCACGAGGGUCUGAACCAGAUGAUGAAGGACAUCGGUGGUAAUCACGUGGACGUCGUCGUCGGUAACAGCAAAGGAUACUACCAGGCUGGCCUCGAGUUUUCCAGCAAAGACUGGAUUAAGCAACACCCGAAUGGGGACGGUGCCGCAAUCUCUGAGUAUUGGGAGCCAUAUGUUACGAUGCCUCAGGAGAGCUUUCAAUACCAGGGACAGAUCGACGGACGAAAGACUCUUAACUCCGUCCAUGAUGCUGCCACGCAAGAGAUUAAAGACCACACAUACAAUCACCAAACGUACAACUGCAAGACCUAUGCCCAGAACCUCGUCAAGAGAUUGAAUGUGAAGGCUUAAAUUAAUUUGGGUCUGGAUACGGAUAUGAGGAGGCUCAAGUGGCUUUUUGGAAGUAAAAAGAACUUAUAGUCCUAUUUUACCGUUGUAAGAGAUAUCUAGUCACUGUAAAUAUGGGAGAUGUAGAGGGAUGGGGGAGAAUUGAGACUGGGUGUUUGGACGUAUUUUUGUAUUAGUAUGUAAGAAGUCGCUCGUUAAAUUCAAUAAAGC